AGGACGAAGAAGGAAGAAUGCCGGGGUUAACUUGCAACGCAUGUAACAAGGAAUUCAAUGACGAUUCAGAGCAAAGACUUCAUUACAAGUCCGAUUGGCACCGUUACAAUCUCAAGCGAAAGGUAGCUGGGGUUCCGGGAGUCACUGAAGCUCUGUUUCUGGCUAGGCAAUCAGCACUUGCUCAAGAGAAAAAUAAGCAGAAUGAAACUCCCAUGCUCUACAGUUGUGUUCUUUGUGGGAAGGGGUAUCGAAGUUCCAAGGCUUAUGAUCAGCAUCUGAAAUCACGAAGCCAUGUUUUGCGGGCUUCUCAAGGAAGUAAUCAGCCUGAAGAGCAGAAGGUAAUAAUUAAGCCCCUUCCACGUCGUGUUGUGAAUAAGCUUCCUCCACAGAGGGAAGCAAUAGGUGAAGAGAGUGAGGGAAGUGAGGAUGAGUGGGAGGAGGUUGAUUCUGAAGAAGAAUUGGUUAGCACAGCUUCCAAGUCCUUGACUGCAUUGAAUGUGGAUGAGCCUACCUCAAGCAAUGAUAUGGAUAUCAAUGGUGAUGAAGAUGAUGAGGAAGAAGAUGAGGAAUUGGAUCCAUCAUGUUGUUUUAUGUGUGAUCUUGAGCACGAUACCUUAGAAACCUGCAUGAUUCAUAUGCAUAAGCAACAUGGAUUCUUCAUUCCUGAUAUUGAGUAUUUGAAAGAUCCGGAAGGCUUGCUAACUUAUCUUGGGCUCAAGGUGAAGAGGGAUUUCAUGUGUCUGUAUUGCAAUGAUCGGUGUCAUCCUUUUAGCAGUUUGGAAGCUGUUAGGAAACAUAUGGCAGCAAAGGGUCAUUGCAAAGUACAUUAUGGUGAUGGUGGUGAUGAUGAAGAAGCCGAGCUGGAGGAAUUCUAUGAUUAUAGUAGCAGCUACAUGGAUGAAGAUGGAAAGCAGUUGGUUGCAGCAGGUGACAUGGGUGAUGUAGAACUUGGAAGUGGAUCAGAACUUGUUAUAACUAGAAGAUCUGAUGGUGGGAUAUCGACUAAAACACUUGGUUCACGUGAAUUUUUACGUUAUUAUCGUCAGAAGCCACGCCCAUCACCAGCAAAUAACGUGGCCAUUACAGCUGCAUUAGCCUCAAGGUACCGGAGUAUGGGGUUAGCAACCGUGCAGUCAAAGGAGCAGAUAGUGAGGAUGAAGGUAAUGAAGGAGAUGAAUAGAUCGGGCGUGGAGGUCAUGCGCACGAAACUUGGUAUCAAGAACAAUGUUAUCAGAAACCUGCCAAAGAAUGUCCCAUAUUAGUCGCGCCCAGUUGAUUCCUUCUAGUAAUUGAUAUUGCAAAAUGACUAUAUGGAUUUGUGAAAAUGUAAUAGUAAGCGUCAGCCAAAAAGAAAGAAAAAAAGAACAUGUUAGUCAUGUGAUGAUCUUAAGGAAUUUUUCUAAAAAUUUCAAAAAAAUUUGGUAGUUGGUGAGAUGAAUCAGAUCAUUGUAACAGAUUUAAAGAGCUUUCCGGGUUCCUGCUUGAUUCAUGAAUUUGGAUGAUAUUAAAUCGAACUGUUACUG